GAAAGCGGCGAUGCAGAGAUGGGGAGAGACGAAGAGGAAGACAGGAGGGCCGAUUGCAACGAUGCAAGUGAGGAAGCACAACGGUCGGCGCGGAGGAGGAACGAAGGAGACGAUAAGCUGAAUGGACCUAGGUCGAGUGCAACCAAGAGCUUGCCAAAGAGCGUAUCAGUUCGGAAUCGUCGACUGAAGAAGAUGAACCAGCUCGUGGAAGAAGGGGAGUACUUCUCUCUUGGAAAUAUGGAAAGAAGGGCUCCACUCCUUUACCACGAACAUAUUGGAAAAUUCAUGGAAGAGGGCGAAGGUGUUUCUACGAUCGUUCCCGCCGACAAACCCAGUUGUAUUCUAGUCGAUGAGGACGGGCGCAGAGUCAAAGAGGAAGUGCCUCAUUGUCUUAAACCAGGCGAUUGGCGCGAUUCUUCUUGGUCUGGACAGGCGUUAGCCGACUUUCUCCUCCACAGCUAUGACAGGAAAAUGAAUCGCACUCGGCGCGAAAAGGAGGCAGACGCCGAAAGAAAUUGCGAGGAGGAAGACAGCGACGAGGAUUUGGAUCUCGAGCAAUCAUCCAGCAAAGGGGACCAAGGAAAGCAGGAGAUCGUCUCUGCCGAGGAUCGCAUGCGCCUGCGAGAUGAAUUCUACAAGAUCAUGAGGGAAAGAUUCCUUGAGGGUCACGAUGUUCAAUACUUUGAUUACGCGUCUUGCGAUCAGGAUCACGAUCUUGAUGACCUGGACCAGAUGAGCAGAGAUGCAGAGGACGAAUACUUCAGUGACGAUGAAGAGCCUGGAGGAAGCAGGAAAAGGUUGAGCAGAUCGGAAUGUAUGGCGCGGCUCAAGCGAGCGUUCGCUAACGGCGAACAUGCAGUAGACGAUGCUGGGUAUGACUACUAGUUCGGAGAUGCCAAGAAGAAAACUACUAGUUGACAUGAAGAUCUUGUCUUUGCU